CAGAGAGAGGGCAGGCAAGAAAGGCGGCGGAGCAUCAGCUGGAUGUUGGGGUCAUGAACGACCCUGGCGCAUGGGCUCCGGCGGCUCUCCGGCCCAUCACCCCCCUCAAGACCCCGAGGACCCCUGUCUCCAGUCUCGGGCUGCAGGUGAAGGAGGGCGAAGAGGAAGGAGGGCGAUAAGAGCUAGGAAGAGAUCCAGAGCAGGAGGGAGGUGAAGGAGGAGCAGGAGCAGGAGCAGGAGCAGGAGCAGGAGCAGGAGCAGCGGGGAGUACAGGAGGUGUUUUUGACUCCUUUCUGAUUCAGAUGAUCGGAAGAGAUGAGCCUGUCCCGGUUCACUCGCGUCCUUCUUCCGCAUGCCGACACGAUGGCAACAUGCUCGAACGACCUCUCUCAGCUCGCAGACCAGCAUCUCCUCGCCGACCAGCCUCUCCACGGGUCUCCUCCUCCUCCCCUCCCCCCCUUCACUUCUCUGACAUGCUGCAGGUGUCGGCACUGAUGCGACUCUCCUCGGACAAGCCGGAGGAGGUGCAGGACGUGACGGCAGGAGGACUCAGAGGACAAGCGAUGAAGAUGGCAGGGAGACCGUCGCUGCUCAGAACGAGCUCAGACAGCAUCGGCUCGAUCCUGCGCACCCGCAGCGGGUCUCGCCUGGAGGUUCUCAAGCCUGACCUGCAGUCUCCGUCCACUCCUCGCAUCUUCAAGCGUGAAGCCUUCGGCUCGAGAACGACACACGAGGACGAGCCGCGCGCUGACAAGGCAGAGAAAGUUGUCGAGAAGAGCUCAGUGAUGAGCGACGAAGGCCUCCUGUUAGCCGUCGAGCUCAAUCAGAAGCCCUAAGGGUAGAAGGCUCGAGGAAAAAUGGAGGCAGGAAAGGCAGAGUGAGCUGAGAAUGUAAUGAUGGUUGAAAAGUC